AUGGAAAAGUUUAUCCGCAACCCCGGUCCCCAACAACAGUGGAGGGAAACUACACAAGCUGGGUCUUCGCCUCCUUCUCCUGCAUACAGCUCUGCCUCAUCAGAACCACCCGAUGCUGCGUUACAAAGAGUUUUGGACGCCGUGACAGCAAGCGAGGCCCGCUUGGCUGACAAAAUUGGGCAAGUGCAGUCUGAUCUCUCCAUUAUACAUCAGGACCUACAACGGGAAGAUCAUUUUCUAGGAUUUGGUCCUGAUGACGAAGUAAAAACUCGGAGCCCCACAAAAUCCACCCCAGAUCGGAUAACCCCAAGAAAACCACGUGGAAGACCACGCAGCAUUCUAUCCAGGAGCUCUGACCCUUCUUCCAACCCUACUGAAAAACCUAGCCCUCUAAAUAACAAGCAGGACCUCAGACAACCAGAUAAAGCAAAGAAGCCAGAGAGUAAACCAGAAGAAAAGAGACGCGGAAGACCACCUGCACAUGGGAGUGUAAAGUUUAAAUUGGCACAGGAAAAACGAGAUGGGCCAGAUACCACAAAGAUUUCUCGAGAAGAGAAGACUAAACGGCGGAAGCCAUCUGCCGCAUUUCAGCAUGCUGCCAAAAUAAAGAAACUCAGAGCAGUCAAAUUAUCUCCACUGAAACCCAAGUUCAAAGGCGAGAAACUGCAGCUUGGACGGAAAGGUACAGUUCCAAUAGUCAGGAGGCGUGGUAGGCCCCCAUCCUCGGAAAGAUUUAAAAUGCCACCUUCUGCAAUUAUUUUGAGACAGUCUCAAGCAGAGAAAACCCAAAGGAAUCGAAAAGAGGAAUCCCCGCAGCCAUCGAAAGAAGAAAUCAGGGUGUCUGUGCGACAAAGUCCACGUAGGAUUAAGCCUGUAAGGAUAAUCCCCACCUCCAAGAGAACUGACACCACCAUUGCCAAGCAGCUUCUGCAAAAGGCCAAAAAGGGUGCCCAGAAAAAAAUGGAGCUAGAAGCUGCAAAGCUUCAGGGACGUAAGGGAGGCACACAGCUGAAGAAUAUACGUCAGUUUAUAAUGCCUGUGGUGAGCACAGUCUCGUCUCGAAUCAUAAAAACACCUCGAAGGUUUAUAGAAGAUGAGGACUAUGAACCUCCUAUCAAAAUUGCUCGGCUGGAGACUGCUCCAAAUGGACGUUUCAGUGCAGCUUCUUGUGAAUCUAGUGAAAAGUCUAGUGCUGCUUCCCAGCAGUCCUCACAGGCCACCUCUGAUGAGUCCCGCUCUAGUAGCCCUAGUGUGGACACCUCAACAGAAUCACAGGCCUCAGAAGAAACGCCUCCUGCAGCAGAGACUCAAGGACGAGUUGCAGAGAUUCCUGUGAUUACCCCACAGCCAGUCUCCGAAAUCAAUGGAAGUGGUGGAAGAAGUCGACGAAUUCCCAAUUGCAAUAGGAGUUUUAACUCCAGACAAGCUAAGAAAAUUAUUUCUCAGCCAACUCUUCAGCAGUCCUCAUCAUCUCCACCUCCACCACUGCUGAGUCCUCCUGCACCCCUACAGCCCCCUUCAACACUUUCUGAACCCUCAAAAUGGUUAAUGCCACCCACUAUUCCUAUGGCUACUCCUUUCCUCUCUGCUUCACGGAUGCAUGAGAAAAGGAGGUCCAUUCUGAGAGAACCAACCUUCCGUUGGACCUCCCAAAAACUUUCCAGAUUUGAGUCCCAGUACUUUUCCUCUGCUAAAUAUGCCAAAGAAGGCCUCAUCCGAAAACCCAUAUUUGACAAUUUUAGACCUCCACCACUGACACCAGAGGAUGUAGGCAUGGCUUCAGCUUCUGGGUUUAACUCUGUGGUAGCUCCUGGAAGACUAUUUUCUCCAUUACACACCUCCGGAGCUCGAUUUGAUGUACCUAAGCGAAGCCCCAUACUCCGUGCCCCCAGGUUUACCCCCAGUGAAGCACACUCCCGCAUCUUUGAGUCAGUCACUCUUCCACCGUCUAUUGCUCGUUCCGGUGGGGGGUCUUCCAUUAUGGGAAUGUCCUCUCGAAGAAGAAAAAGAAGGGUCUUCAGUCCAAUUCGCAGCUCUGAGUCUAGGUCGCCAUCUCACUCCAUGAGAACGCGGAGUAGGAGGGAGAAUAGUAACAACGUUCCAUCCAUCAUACCUCAGUCAUCCACCUCACUUCCAAGCAUUUCUGUCAGUCCUCUUACCACUAGUGCCUUAAACCCAAGCUUUUCUUUCUCUUCCACAUUGAUUACUCCAGCACCUGGGGAUUCUGCAGAAAAAAAUCAGAAAUCAAGAAAGCAAGCCAGCACUCCAGGGGAGCCCUUUUCCUCCUCUUCCAAUAGUUCACCUGCCCUUUUCCCUUGGUUUCCCUCCAAUCCCCAGAGUGACAGAGGGAGGAGUAAGAGCCGAGCCUCAGAUGAAGUACCUAAAGAAAGAGAAAGUGAAAGGUGUAGGGAAAAAGAGCGAGAGAAGGAGAACUCUCACGACUCAAGAAAGGAUAAGCGUAAGAAAGGCUCAGAUUCUUUAAGCAAAAGCGUCAAAGAGAGGAGCGAUGGAGAAGCACUCACGCCUACUACACCAAUUAAAAUUUUUGCAAGGAAGAAACCAGUGAUAGCAGAACCCUCAUUAGCUGCAAGUCCAACUGCCUUACCUGCAGUACCGGUUUCCGCUAAUAAGGUACCCAAGAAAGGGCGUGGAAUUUCUGAGAAGCAUGACUUGGACGCUUGUGCCAAAUCCCCACCCACAGAGACCCAGGCAAGUCUACCUGCCCAGCACGUGAAUCCUGUUAAGUCGUCGACUACCACGAUUAGCUCUAUGUUGGACCAAGCCAAUAAAUUUCCUGUUUCCGAAAAGCAUGUGGCCAGCCUCUUGAGAACAGCCAAAUGUCAGCUGCAAAAUAUAGAGAAGAACAAAUUGAGGAAACAGGGAGACCAACCCAAAGCACAGGGCCAGGAGAGCGAUUCAUCUGAGACUUCUGUGCGGGGACCUAGGAUCAAACAUGUCUGCCGAAGAGCUGCUGUGGCAUUGGGACGCAAGAGAGCUGUAUUUCCAGAUGACAUGCCUACGCUGAGUGCCUUACCCUGGGAAGAAAGAGAGAAGGUCCUGUCUUCCAUGGGAAAUGAUGACAAAUCCUCUAUAGCUGGUUCGGAAGAUGCUGACCCACCAGCUCCACCCCUUAAACCCAUCAAACAAAUCACCCGCAACAAAACUCCACAGGAGCCACCUGUGAAGAAGGGCAGGCGCUCACGUCGCUGCGGCCAGUGUCCGGGUUGUCAGGUUCCUGAGGACUGUGGAAUCUGCACCAACUGCCUGGACAAGCCAAAAUUUGGGGGACGCAACAUCAAGAAACAGUGCUGCAAGAUGCGAAAGUGUCAGAAUUUGCAGUGGAUGCCCUCUAAGGCUUACUUACAGAAACAAGCAAAGGCGGCAAAGAAGAAAGAAAAGAAAAUUAAAGUGGCAGACAAGAAGGAGAUUCCAUCUGUUAAACCUCUCACAGAAACCGUUGUGAAAACUGUUGUGGCACCAACCGCCACUUCCCCCUUACCUGUAAGAGAGGAGCCCGUCCCCACACCUAGCACCCCCCCAAAAAAGAGUGAUCCUCCAAAGAAGGCUACAGAGGAAAAGCCUGAGGAGGAGAACCAAUCUGCACCUACCAGUGAACCCAAGCAGCAGUUUGCUCUCCGUAAAGCCACAAGGCAGCUUUCCCCACAGCCGGCUGUGAACGUCAUCCCACCCCAAGCAAGUCCCACUCUGCCCUCUCGCAAAGAAGCCCCCAAAAUACCAUCUUGUGAAGCGAGGAAGAAGCAGUCUCCUAUCCUUCCGGAGGCAGGCUUUGAGCAAAACAAACAGAAGAAAUUAUCUGUAAGGCUGGGGCUUUUACCCAGAUCAAAAUCCAAGGAGAAGGACAAGCCCUUAGCUCCCAGCAAGCCAGACCUGAAUUCCAACCUUUUUAAUGUGUGUAAUGGCAGCACGUCCAGACAGAGACCCUCGUCUGACGGGGUACAUAGGAUUCGCGUAGAAUUUAAGGACGAUUGCGAGGUGGGCAAUGUUUGGGAGAUGGGCGGUCUUAGCAUCCUGACAACUGUACCGAUCACCCCGCGUGUAGUGUGCUUCCUUUGUGCUAGCAGUGGAAAUGUGGAGUUUGUGUACUGCCAAGUGUGCUGUGAACCCUUUCACCGGUUUUGCUUGGAAGAAAGAGAGAGACCGUCUGAGGACCAGCUGGAGAACUGGUGUUGCCGAAACUGCAAGUUCUGCCACGUUUGUGGUAGGCAGCAGCAGGCCAACAAGCAACUCCUUGAGUGUAACAAGUGCCGCAACAGCUAUCACCCAGAGUGCCUGGGACCAAAUUACCCCACGAAACCCACAAAGAAGAAGAGAGUCUGGAUCUGCACAAAAUGUGUCCGAUGUAAAAGUUGUGGGUCCACCACACCCGGAAAAGGCUGGGAUGCACAGUGGUCACAUGACUUCUCCCUGUGCCAUGACUGUGCCAAACUGUUUGCUAAAGGGAACUUCUGUCCUUUGUGUAACAAGUGCUAUGACGACGAUGACUAUGAAAGUAAGAUGAUGCAGUGUGGAAAGUGUGAUCGCUGGGUACAUUCCAAGUGUGAAAACCUGACCGAUGAAAUGUAUGAGAUACUUUCAAACUUGCCAGAGAGUGUGGCAUACACCUGUAUAAACUGCACUGAGCACCACCCUGCAGAGUGGAGGCUGGCACUGACCAAUGAGCUACAGGCUUCUCUCAAAUAUGUUGUAACUGCUCUGCUGAAUUCUCGCACCUCCAGCCAUCUCUUGCGCUACCGACAGGCCGCAAAACCGCCUGACUUAAAUCCAGAGCCGGAAGAAAACAUGCCUUCCCGCAGCUCUCCGGAGGGCCCUGACCCGCCUGUACUGAUCCAAGUGGGCAAGCAGGAUGAGCAGCCUCCUCUUGACCUGGAGGGUGUGAAGAAGAAGAUGGACCAUGGCAGAUACACCUCUGUGUUGGAAAUGAGUGAUGACAUUGUGAGGAUUAUCCAGGCCGCUAUGAAUGCAGAUGGAGGGCAUCCGGAGCUGAAGAAAGCAAAUAGCAUGGUGAAGUCCUUUUUCACCAGGCAAAUGGAGCGUGUUUUCCCAUGGUUCAGUGUAAAGAAGUCCAGAUUUUGGGAACCGAAUAAGGUUACCAGCAACAGCAGCAUGUUACCAAAUGCAGUUCUGCCACCAUCCCUGGACCAUAACUACGCUCAGUGGCAGGAGAGGGAGAACAGACUGGCUGUGCAGCCUCCUCUCAUGAAGAAAAUUAUCCCGGCUCCAAAACCCAAAUCUCCAGGAGACCCAGAGUCACCUCAGCCCAUACAAUCACCAACUCCACCGGUGACAGAUAUCAGCAGGGUUGAGAGCCCGGAUCUGCCACCUCCGCCUGGCGUGGAGGAUAACCGCCAGUGUGCCCUGUGUCUGAAGUAUGGUGAUGACAGUGCCAAUGAUGCUGGACGCCUGCUGUACAUCGGACAAGACGAGUGGACACACAUUAACUGCGCUUUGUGGUCAGCGGAGGUGUUUGAGGAUGAUGAUGGCUCGUUGAAGAAUGUACACAUGGCAGUGAUCAGGGGGAAGCAGUUGAGGUGUGAGCAUUGCCUGAAGCUGGGUGCCACAGUUGGCUGCUGUCUGACUUCCUGCACAAGCAAUUACCACUUCAUGUGCUCAAGGAUGAAGAACUGUGUAUUCCUAGAGGAUAAGAAAGUUUACUGCCAGAAACACAGAGAUCUGAUCAAGGGGGAGGUUGUAUCUGAUAACGGCUUUGAGGUUCUCCGAAGAGUUUUUGUGGACUUUGAAGGGAUCAAUCUGCGCAGGAAGUUUUUGAACGGCUUUGAGCCAGAAAACAUUCAUAUGAUGAUAGGUUCCAUGACCGUAGAUUGCCUUGGUAUCCUGAGUGACCUAUCAGACUGCGAGGAGAAGCUUUUCCCCAUAGGCUAUCAAUGUUCUCGUGUAUACUGGAGUACGACAGAUGCCCGGAAGCGUUGUGUAUACACGUGCAAGAUUCUGGAGUGUAGGCCGCCUCCUGCCGAGCCUGAUAUCAACAGCACUGUGCAUCACGAAGAGAACCGCACCAUUGCACACCGUUCCCCACUUCGGGAAAUGCAUGAAUUUGGCCUACAGCAAGUUAAAUGUGUAGAUUCUGUUGGUCUCCCUUCUCCGGAACAGCUUUCUUCCUCUACAGCUUCCAGUUCCUGGCUUUCUGCCAGACUUGGUGGGAGUAGGGUCCGUACACCCAGAUACUCUCCUAAUCAACGUUCUCCUCGGCCUCUUCCAUCAGCAGGUAGUCCUGUUACCCAUGAAAUAGUUACUGUUGGGGACCCUCUACUCUCUUCUGGCCUUCGUAGCAUCGGCUCCCGCAGGCAUAGUGCCUCUUCCAUCUCGCCGCAGCCGCAGAAGCAACGCUUGAUUUCCCCGUCCCAAACUGACGCCACCAGACUUAAUGCAUCUCAAGCAGACACAGCAGUGACACUGACAAAUCAAAAGUGUAACAGCGCAGAAUCAGGGGAAGCCUCUUCUGCUGUAGUGCACAGCAACGGACACAGGACUCCAGGGCUAGAUGUGGAUGCGCUAUUGGACACGAGGCAAACUAGCUCCUUGGAAACCCUGGUAAAAAUUACAGCACCCAAAACUGAAAAGGUCAAAUCAUCAUCUCAGAGAAGCUCUGAUCCCUCUACUAAUCAAGCCAGCCCUAAGGUACCCUCUCAGCCACAAGGUAUGUCCAGUCCGAACUCAAGCACAGGCAGAGCUGGCCCCGCGAAGGACAGUGCAUCAGUGACACUCAGUUCCAGGUCGUCUUCUACUCAGCAGCACCUUAGGGCAGUAAAGAGAGAAAAGGAUCAACAUGCAGACAUUUCCCAGACUGACAGAACGUCAAACUCAGAGGAAGGCAAAGGAGCGCAUAUUCCUCUUGGCAGUCGUGGCAUUGCAUUACACAAAGAAAGACGAGCAAAGACAAAGAAUCUUCUGGUAGAGAACUCCAAGGAAAAACAUUCCAGUAAACCCGUUGCUGACACUGACCAUGCGCUAGGUGAUUGCCAAAGACAAGCAGAUACUAAUGGAAAUCAUUUGGUGUCAAACACUGUGGGUUUCAAAAUGCACGCUCAGAACAAGAGCGCAGAUAAGAUUGUACUUAGUGAAGGAAGCCCACUGGUUGAAACAUCCUCACUGAGCACUGGUAAAGCAAUACAGACAAUGAUAGCGACUGACCACACGAGUGAUAUGAAGUUAGACCAGCAAGUAGUGACUCCUCGGGAGGUUACAGAUCUGCCUGACCAAGCCAAGCAGCAAGAUAACCCUGAUGAUACUGACGAUAUUGCCGCAAAUCACAGAAGCCCAAACACUGACUCUGAGCAUCAAGCUGGCAAUGCUUAUCCUGCACAAGACUCCAGCCUGCUUCUCCAAGAUGGAAGCAAGGCCCAGGAAGACGGCUCCUACAAAAGGCGCUACCCAAGGCGGAGUGCGAGAGCACGUUCUAACAUGUUCUUUGGGUUAACACCUCUAUAUGGUGUACGUUCCUAUGGUGAGGAAGAUCUCCCAUUUUGUAGCAGCACUCCAGGAAAGAAGCGGGGAAAAAGAUCGGCUGAGGGGCAAGUGGAUGGCGCAGAUGAUCUAAGCUCGUCUGAAGAUGAUGAUAUGUAUUAUUAUAACUUUUCUAGGACCGUAGUUUCUGCUUCUAGGGACGAACGACUGGGGGCGCGCUCACUGUUCAGGGAAGAAGAUCGAAACCUACACAGAAUUCCCCAACUGGACGGAGUAGAUGAUGGUACAGAAAGCGAUGCCAGCAUCACUACUACUGCAGGGAAAGCCGGACAUGCAGGGAAAAGGGGUAGUAAGCAAAAUGGAGCAGAGAAGCUAGCUUCCUCAGAGGAGCAGCUAGGAAAAGGUCACACGGGUAAAGUUAGCAAGGGGUCAGACACCAAAAUGGACAACUGUCAUCCUGUAAAGCAGGACUCUCUGGAGACCCAGCUGAGCAUGGACACAUCACGUCGAAGUCAUGGUGGAUCUGACAAAAGUCUGCUGGACACGUUCAACUCAGAGCUGCUAAAAUCUGAUUCUGACAAUAAUAAUAGUGAUGACUGUGGGAACAUCCUUCCGAUUGAUAUUAUGGACUUCGUGCUGAAGAACACACCAUCCAUGCAAGCAUUAGGAGAGAGUCCCGAAUCCUCCUCGUCUGAGUUACUUACACUGGGGGAUGGUUUGGGGUUGGAUAGCAACCGUGGGAAAGAUAUGGGUUUAUUUGAAGUAUUCUCCCAGCAACUUCCAUCGUCUGAGCCUGUGGAUGGUGCUGUUCCUUCCAACAUGUCCGCAGAGGAGCAGUUUGAGCUACCGCUAGAGCUGCCCUCUGAUCUCUCUGUGCUGACCACUCGCAGCCCAGCACUGCCAAGUCAGAAUCAUGGUAGACUGAGCGUCAUCCCGGAAUCCCAACUGUCUUCUCCUAGUGACCGUUCCCUCUUGUCUCUACCCACCCCUGACGCAGGUGAGAAAAGGGUAACCGUCACAGAAAAGACGGUGACUCCUGGUGAAGGAGAUUCAGCUCUCUUGGCUUCAAGCGUAGACCAAGCUGAAGGUCACAUGACGCCGGAUAGAUAUAUUCCACAUGUGGACUCUGAGCACAUUUCCAGUCCUCCCUGCGCACAGGUGGACCAUGCAGGGGGCCAAGAGUUAGCACGGAAUAGUGGUACACCAAAUCUGCAAGUGCCAGUGUCGCCCACUGUGCCAAUUCAGACCCAAAAAUACAUCCAGAGCAACUCCGAAAGCCCAGGUCCAUCACAGCUACCAAGCGCUGCCAUACAGAGCACACCUCAUCACAAAUCUACAACAGACAACCUAGUUGUGCUUAAUCAGAAUAUGCAACCACUCUAUGUCCUUCAGACUUUGCCUAAUGGUGUUACGCAAAAGAUCCAGCUUACCCCAUCUGUAUCUUCAGGCUCAAGCCGAAUGGAUGGAGAUGUACCAGUUCUGGGGCCGAUGGGAGGAGGACUUACCUUAGCCACCACUUUAAAUCCUUCACUAACCUCGUCUUUUCCUCCAGCUAGCAAGGGGCUUCUCCCAGUGUCUCAUCACCCACAUCUGCAACCCUUCCCUGCAGCACCCCAGGCUGCUUUCUUGCCAGGCCUCACCAACCAGCCUUCUGGUCUUCUUAUUGGCGUUCAACCUUCUCCUGAGGCCCAACUCCUGGUUUCAGAAUCUGGGCAGAGUGGUACCUCAAAUCCGCCACCUUCUGGUAUGGCUAAGAAGAGACAGAUCUCGCGCCUACACACCAAGAAAAACAAAAAAUUGGCACCUUCUGUUGCACCUGCCUUAAGGCAUGCCCCGGAGAUGGUCUCCAAUAUGACACUAAUUAAUUUUACAACACCGCAGCUUUCUGGAAGUUUAUCAAACCAUCCAAGUUUAAUUGACUUAGGCAGUCUUGGAAAUUCUGCAGCCCACCGCAGUAUCCCUAAUAUUAUUAAGAGAUCCAAAUCUGGUGUCAUGUACUUUGAUCAGACUCCCCUGCUUCCACAGAGUGUGGGAACAACCAACUCUGUUGGCACUGCCCCCAGUGUUAUUGGAUUGGACACUGGGCAUCUUACAGGUCAGGUACCAGCAAUUGCUGCUGGGUCUCCAGUCCUCAAUGUUGUUUCGAUGCAGACAACUGCUGCUACUCCCCCAGUCACUGGUCACGUCACAUUAACCAGCCCCGGGAUUUUAGGUCCUUCUGAGCUUGGUUCAAUUGGCAACUUCCUUAUAAAGACCAGUUCACAGAGUUUGAGUGUUCAGGAUAAUCAUGUGACUCUCUCUUCUGGGCCAGGGAUUUUUUCUCAGAGUUCUACCACAGCAACAGUGGCCACCACCUCUAGCAUAUGUGUGGUACCCACUUCUAAACCUGUCAGUAUGACUCUUUCCCAGACUCUGAAUGACCCGGACUGCUCGUUUCCAAUCGCUCAUCAAAUGAACAGAUUGCUCAGCAGCAGACCUCCAAUCCUGCCCGAUUCAGCUUGUAGUUCAGAUCACAGAUCCCCAGCUCUCCAACCAGUAUCGGACUCUGAGGGCAAAGUGAUGAAAUCAAACACCACUUCCUCCGCUUCUGUUCUACAAAGAGAGACUGCAUCAGCAACACAUAAAACCAAAAGCAAAGGGAAGCGACAGGCCAGCGCUACAGACAAGGCAAAUAGGAAGAAACACAAGACUUCACACUCUAGCCAAAGGUCAGCUGGGGCGUGGGAGCAGGACCAAGACAGCAAGCCGCCUGGUUCCAUCUUAUUGGGGAGCCUCAAACCUAAAACUGAAGCCUGUGAUGUAAAGAUCCCAGCGGCAGCUCCUGCGCCAGAGGCAGAGAAGACAUCAGGGCAAUCACCAGCUAUCCUACACCAGGAGCCUACAUCAAAGGAAAGCCUACCAGAGCCAAAGCAGGAUGACUGUAAGCAGCCAGAAGAGGAUGCUGGGUUUAGCUCACCGCUGAUGAGGCUUCUGCAGCACGAACAGAGGCGCCAAGGUUCACUUGAGGAGCAGAAGCCCAGGACCGGUCUUCUGUUUGAGAUCUCCAGCGAUGAUGGUUUCCAGAUUUCCUCCAACAGCAUCGAAGAGGCCUGGAAGUCUCUGACCGACAAAGUACAGGAAGCAAGAUCCAAUGCCAGACUGAAGCAGCUGUCGUUUGCAGGUGUGAAUGGGCUGAAAAUGCUGGGAAUUAUACAUGAUGCUGUGGUGUUUCUGGUGGAGCAGCUUUAUGGGGCCAACAAGUGUCGUAGCUAUAAGUUCCGCUUCCACCGACCAACUGGAGAAGAGGAGCCUCCUCUUAAUCCUCAUGGGUCAGCACGGGCCGAGAUGCACCGGAGAAAAUCUACGUUUGACAUGUUUAACUUUCUGGCCUCCAAACAUCGCCAGCCUCCAGAGUACAAACCAAACGACGAGGAGGAAGAGGAGGUGCAGCUGAAAUCUGCUCGGAGGGCCACCAGCAUGGAUCUGCCGAUGCCAAUGAGAUUCCGGCAUCUCAAGAAGACAUCCAAAGAGGCUGUAGGUGUUUACAGAUCUCCAAUACAUGGCCGAGGUCUUUUUUGCAAAAGGAACAUUGAUGCUGGAGAGAUGGUGAUAGAGUAUUCGGGAAAUGUCGUCCGCUCCACAUUGACUGACAAAAGAGAAAAGUAUUAUGAUGGAAAGGGUAUCGGCUGCUAUAUGUUCCGUAUAGAUGAUUCUGAGGUUGUGGAUGCUACUAUGCACGGUAACGCCGCUCGCUUCAUCAACCACUCCUGUGAGCCCAACUGUUACUCCCGCGUCAUCCCGAUUGACGGACAGAAGCACAUUGUCAUUUUUGCGAUGCGUAAGAUAUACCGCGGGGAGGAACUCACCUACGACUACAAGUUCCCUAUUGAGGAUGCUAGCAACAAGCUAGCCUGCAACUGCGGGACCAAAAAAUGUCGCAAAUUUCUCAACUGAUCUUACUGUAGGUGUCAGUAUCUUCCCAGUUCUGCAGAGAACAGAUUGGAGCGGCGCUCACUCCAGAUAUGCAGGAAGCAUGCAGCCACUACUUUGUGACCCUCCCUCGCAGCUAAACGUUCCACCUCACUGCCAGCUGGCUAAGGCUGCACUCUGUGGCUGAGCUUGUACCGCUGACGUGCUGUGCUGUAACGUCCAUAUAUGCUGUAAUGUUUACCAUCACUCACUGAUCAUGAACGCAUAUAGCGAGGAUGGUUAUCUGUAUACUGCUUUACUGCCACAUGGUAGUGGAUUAAUUAGUAGUUUAUAUUUUUAAUUUAUUUUUAUAUGUAUCCAACUUUGCAUGGCACUGUUGGUAAACCAAGUUGGGACUUUUUAAUAUGCUCAGAAAGGGGAGUUUUAUGCUGCUCAAGUACCCUAGAAAAGGAUAUGAAUGGCCACUUCACGUGAGGUCUGCUGUGGCCCCCACAGAGCUCCGGAGAAAGGGGGGGGAUGACUCUCUAUUAGGGAGGCCGCGCGAGAAAGUGCUGCAGAGAGUCUUGUAGGUCACCAGAUGUGCUCCGUGAAGAAGAUCAGGAACCUGACACAAGGAGAUGGCCACCUCUCCUGAUUAGUACAUAAAGACAGUCCUAGAGGACUAAGGGAUAAACAGACACUCAUUUAGACUCUCCUACAUACCUCUCAUCCUCCACUGAGGUACGUUCCUCCUGAUCUUAAGGAAGGGGCUAUUACAGCACUGAUUUUACGGAGGCAGAUUCAGAAGAUUCUCCGCUUGGGAGGGAAAUUAUUCUGCAUGACCGUCUCUUAAGAGGUUCAGGUUAAUCCCGGCAGGCAGUUAGGGGCAUUCAGAGAUUGUAGUUUGUGUUAAUCAAACACUCAGGAGCUGCAUUAUCAUUGGGGCAUUAGAUUGCAGUAUCUUCUUGUACCGUCAACUCUAGGAUUGUUACCCUAAGGAAUGGAUAACCCUUAUACAGGUUGAGUAUCCCAUAUCCAAAUAUCCGAAAUACGGAAUAUUCCGAAAUACGGACUUUUUUGAGUGAGAGUGAGAUAGUGAAACUUUUGUUUUCUGAUGGCUCAAUGUACACAAACUUUGUUUAAUACACACAGUUAUUAAAAAUAUUGUAUUAAAUGACCUUCAGACUGUGUAUAUAAGGUGUAUAUGAAACAAAUGAAUUGUGUGAAUAUAGACACACUUUGUUUAAUGCACAAAGUUAUAAAAAAUAUUGGCUAAAAUUACCUUCAGGCUGUGUGUAUAAGGUGCAUAUAAAACAUAAAUGCAUUCUGUGCUUAGAUUUAGGUCCCAUUGCCAUGAUAUCUCAUUAUGGUAUGCAAUUAUUCCAAAAUACGGAAAAAUCCGAUAUCCAAAAUACCUCUGGUCCCAAGCAUUUUGGAUAAGGGAUACUCAACCUGUAGUCCUAAUAGGAAAGAUACAGAAACGGUUUCUUGCAUAGAACACCCACAUUAUUAGUGGAGGGACAGCACCCUGGGGGGUGGGGGGGGCGAUAGGGGGGAACAACUCAUCAUUAUGUCACCGCACUGAUCAGCUGUGUCACUGAUAACAUUGCGUUUUCAUUUGUGUCUUGAGUUUUUGUGUAAGGUACGGGAAGUAAUGAGUGCGGAUGGUAACGGUGAGGAGUGAUGGAGAACCGUUAUCACCCCGACUGCAGGAAACAAAUAUUUUAGAUUUAACAUUUUGCAAUCAUAUAAUGCUCUCUCCCUAACGGAGUGAGGGAUAGGAUAUGUUUACUACUGGGGGGCAACACUACGCAGGGCUUUGCAGCUCCUCACCCGCCACAUUUCAAAGCAACCCUUUAAGAAAAAAAAAAAAAAAAAAAAGUUCAACCACGGUUGAAAGAUUAACAUGCUCCUCUCUAUAUGUCAUCGGGACGAUGAGGCUAAGCCCUUUCAUCAUUUCCCAAUCCACGAGUCAGAUCCUUCACCUCCCGCUUUCCGUUUACAUCUUCUGUUUAUUCUUCGUAGUAUUUAAAAAAAAAAAAAAAAAAAAGUUUUUUACAAAAUGUAAAUACUCUAUAUUUUUCUAUUCGAAGCACUUAAAAUAAUAGGUAAGGAAGCACUUACUGCUGGGGUAUGGGAAGUCUUCACCAAAUUUGGUGCAUUGAAAUUUUAUUUUUGGAAAGUUGUUUUUUUUUUGGAUCUGUGAAAAUAGUUUUUUUAUCAUAGGCUGCUGAAGAGGUGACACUUUGGUUACUAUAAUUAUAAUUGGCAUUUUUUAAGUGUUUUAUUUUUGAGUUAAUUACCUUCUCAUAUAACUUAGGAGGCUCAUUUUAUCAGUACCGCAAGGAUGCAGAAUGUCGGUAUGUUGUAGGAAUUAUUUAUUAUUUUAAUGUUCUUUUUUUUUUAUGCAGGUAAUAACCUGAUUGUCCUAAGCUUCAUCAUGAGCAAUGUUGAGGCAAGAUUCCAUAAUUUUCUGAAGAGGGGGAUAAGGGUUUACAUUCAUAGGUCCCUUUCUAAGGUAGAAAUACUUGUAUGACGUUCUACAUUAUAGAGGGAACUACUUGCACAUUGCUGGAGUAGCUUGUAUUCCCGAGCAUCUUCCUUGGCAAUUGGUAACUAUCUACAUGUGCUAUAUAGCUGAGCUGACAAAUAGGCCUAGAUUUAUCGGCUACUGACUGCCAUGUUACAGGCUGUGUACAAAUGACAGGAGCUGAUUGGUUGGUACUUUAGCAUCGUGCAAUUUAUCACUCUCCAAGGUAUGAUAAAUCUGAGCUAGAGUGCCCAGUCUAUGUGAUAUAUACUCACCAGCAUGAUUUAUGAGCUCUGGCAAGUGUUUCCUUAGACUACCGCUCAUGCCAAGUAUUUUUACCUAGGGGAGAGAGAUUUUCAUUAAGUGCUGUAUGAUCUGUAGACACCUUCUCCUCCUUAAACAUUCCACAACAAAAGCAAUGUAGCUGACUAGUAUAUCCUGUUAUCACUGCAAACUCCUGUUCCUGGCUGUUCUUGGGAAAUAGGCCUGAGACCAACUGUCAUGGAUUAUUUAAUGUUAUGUUAUAACCCAGCAGAUGUGGUAUGACAUGCCGACAUUCAGGGUGUCGACACCAUGAUUUCACUGUCAACACUUCAAAAAUGUCUACCUAUUCAUUACAUUGACAUCCUGAACUGGCCGACAUGUUGACCAAAUGUGCCGACAUUGUGAACCUGUUGACCUUAGUGUCCACAUUUUGAACGUUGACAUUCUGACUACAUCACAACCCAACUAGCAAAUGCAUCAUUUCAGUACCGUAGCCAUCAGGAUCUUUCUCAGACACGUUCAACAAAUAGAAGUUGCUGUUCUUGGUCACCUGGAUUAUGUAGUGCAUCCAUUUCUUGCUGUCAGUGCUUACAAGUAAGCAAUAUAUAUUCAGCGCUCUAUGUCCCCAUUGAUGGGAAAAGUUAAAUAUUAUUCUGGAAAACAAAAACCGGUAUCAUCUAUUCACCCACACUACCGUUUAGAACGUAACGAAUGUGGAUUGUUUUUGUACAGUGAAUACAGUUUGAUGUCAUUAAAUCAUCAGUUUAUGGUAUUGGAUAUCAGCAGGGUUCCUGUGUAAUCUACAUACAGGAUUACUUGCACAUCAUGUGUUUUGAUUGGCCUAAUAUAAACAAAUCAUUAAUGACCGCGCAAUGUAUGUGAAGCACACGGAACAAUGUCUAGACAGAUGUAUUGAUCACUGAGUGGUAAUUACAGCGAUAAGGCACUUCUGGGAGAACAGUGUGUUAAAUAAUAAACUCAAGGAUUUUACAUGAACAAAAUUGUAGAGGCAAAGCUCUUGUAUUUUAAAAGGCCACUAAUUCUUAGAUACAGGUUAAUCCAAUAAGUAGACGUGCUUUGUGUCUGAGUGCUGGGCUUGCGAGACAUUGUAGGAUUUCAAGGCAUCAGCCCCAGGGAAUCAUUCUGCAGAUUAAAGGGGUCUAUUUACUAAGCCUUGGAUGAAGAUAAAGUGGACGGAGAUGAAGUACCAGCCAAUCAGUUCCCAACUGCCAUGUCACAUUCUGCGUUUUAAAAAAUGUCAGGAGCUGAUUGGCUGGUACUUUAUCUCCAUCCACUUUAUCUGCAUCAAGGCUUAGUAAAUAGACCCCUUAGAUGGAACCUUGAGGAUAUGGAUAGCAGUUUUCUCAGCUGUAGCCUUCACUUAAAUAUCUAGUUCUAAGCUCCCGAAACCUUUGUGGUUUCCGGGGACACACAGCUGCCAUAGGAGUUCCAAGGCACAUGUCUGUAAGAAACUUAGUUGCACUUUGUGCUCUACAAUCACAUAUUUAUAUGGUUAACACUUAAAUGAAAGUAUAUGGGGCCUAAUUCAGAUCUGAUCGUAGAUGUUCUAAAUGUAGCUCAUCUACGAUCAGUUUCUCAGACAUGCGGGGGCACGCCCAGCACAGGGCUAGUCCGCCCAGCAUGUCUGGCUCUGCCACCCCUCCCUGCACGGGUGUAAAAGCAUUGCAUGGAGGCGAUUCUUUUGCACCUGGAGGGUAGCUCCCUGCCUGCGCAGCUCCUGCAUGCUGGCAGGGAGCUACCCGCCGGGUCACAGCAGCUGCGUGUGACGUUGUGGAGCCGCUGCAGUCCGCAACGGUCCAAACACACCUGCGUUGCCCGGACUGCGCCCCGCCAAUGACGUUCUAACGCCCCCUCCCGCCUCUGCCUGAGCACUCCACAAAGAAACUCAGAAUGGGAUCGCUGCAGCGAUCCAGUCUGAAUUACUCCCAUAGUUAAUCAUCAACUCUAUGAAUCAACUUGUAUUACGUUUUUAGUGGUCCUUUAAGCCUGAUCUCCCUCACCAUGCCAUAUGUUUUUAAUUAAUAUCUCAGUUGAACCUGCAAUUUAUUUAUUUUUGCAUUGAUCAUGUGACUUCAAUAUCAAACAUCUAUAGGUAUCUGUUUUUGUUUUUUUCUAUAACAUUGUUAAUGUUAUCGGUAGCUGUCAUUGAGGGACGAUUCGUUCUAGUAGUCGUUGCAAGACAUGAAUUUGAUUACAUUGAUUUGUGACACUGGUCCCCCCAACUCUCUCGAUAAUAAUUUAUCACUGUGCAGGCAAGUUAUGUUUGAUAAUCAGGGCUGACUUCUGUAUCAGUAACCCAUGUUUAAGGUUGACAAGGCAUUUUACUGUAUAUUCAAAUAGGAAACAUCAAACACCUCCACUAUUUAUUGAUCAAGUUCUACAUCUGUUAAUCUAAAUAAAAUUCAAUAGGACACAAACUGCGUCUGUAUCAUAAUAUUCCAAAUCUGAAGCUUCCAGCAUGUUCGCAAACAAUUUAGCAAGAAUUACUGUUCGGGGCGGCUAUCAUGCAGUCCGCCACAAUCGUGUACCGUGACUUUUGUCUACAGUGUUUUUCAGCAGUUCCGUAGAUAUCCGUUUAUCAGGCACCUAUGAUAUUAUAUCUCCUGGGCUUCCCACUACGAGUAAUAAAUGGGUUUAAUCAGGCAGCACGGCGUGCAUCAUAAACUGAUUCUGGAGAUUUGUGUUCAUUUCUCAGCCUGUAUCCAAACACGCUAUGUACAAUAAGGUUUUAUUUUUCUGGUAGAUAUUAGGUUUCUGAUGCUUUUUUUCGGGCAACAGCCUGUCUGCAUUUAAGGUUUAAAUAAUAUAAAACUGGUGUUCUUGUGAUCUUUGACUUUAAUCUAACUAGAUAUCAAUGUCUUUCAAACCUGCCUGUAUCACAGGUGUUACAGAUCUUUGUCAAUGCAAGAUAUUAUAUCCGCUCACUUGUAAUCUAGAACCACCAUCCUGUGUAACCUUCUCCAUCCUAUAUCCUGCUGCUCUUCCAAAUUUUCUUUUUUUUUUUUUUCUUCUUCCAGUUUUCUUGUUUUUAAUGAAUAAUGGGAAAAAAUAGAAAAAAGGAAACUGUUGUAGUUUUAUCAGUGUUAUUUAAAAUAAAUAAAUAAAUGAAUAAAUAAAAAAAAUCUAUAUUAAAAAAAAUAAAUAAAUAAAAAACACAAAAUAAAAACUGUGUCCGUUGGACAGAACUGAAGGAAUAAAAUGUACAACUGUUUGAUAAGAAAAUAGACAUUGUCAAGUCAUUUGAAUGUAAAGUGUAAAUAAUUGUAAAAACUACAGAGAGGAGUUUUAAAAUGUUUGCUUUUUUUUCUAUGCACUUUUUUUAAUUUAAGUGAUUAGGUUACUUAAUAAACAUGUCCAGUU